AUGACAGAGAAGAUGAGCAUAGACAUUAUAAUCAACAACCUCACUGAUGAUGGUAACAUGUCUAUGGACACAACGGAUUUGUCCCAGGUGGACUAUCCCAGACUCAUUAAAUAUAAGCCUCUAUGGGAAAUCGUUGUGAAGACAGUUUUCUACGUUCCAGUUAUCAUCUUGGGAAUCAUCGGCAACGUGAUUAUCAUAGCAGUUGUGGCCAAGAAUAAGCGAAUGCAGACCACCACGAAUUAUUAUAUCGUGAAUCUUGCUGUGGCUGAUUGUCUUGUUGCCCUCACGUGUUCCUGGACUCAUCUUGUUGACGACCUCACGCCAUUCUGGAUACUGGGCAGCUUUUUCUGUACCUUUAACACCUUUUCACAAGUUCUUUUCCUGGUUGCAAGCAUCUUCACCUUAACCUUCAUUGCCUGUGAUCGCUUCUUUGGGAUCGUGUUUGCCAUGAAAGCUCACUUCAUUGAACGCCGUGCUACCUGCACUAUCAUCCUGAUUUGGCUGAUGUCCGUCCUCGUCGCCUCUCCUCUAAUGUACUACAGGCGUCUGCAUGAGGUACAAUGGCGGAACGUAGUUGAAAGUUGGUGCGACGACGACUGGCCAGUCACAAUAUACAUAGAUCCAGAGACUGGGCUAGAGACGCCCAGAAGGUUCGCCCGCAAGUUCUACUAUAUGUUCGUUUGUGUGGUUCUGUUUUUCCUUCCGUGCCUGGUUAUGUGUAUCGCAUACACGGUCAUCAUCGUCACCUUGUGGUUAGCCCGGGUUCCGGGAGAGAGGAUCAACAAAGAUAUCAAAUCACAGACCAAGAUGAGGAAAAAGGUGGUUUUAAUGCUUGUUGUUAUCCUUGCUGUGUUUAUACUUUGCUGGAUGCCUCUGGUAGUCUCCAUUAUAUACUCGGAGUUUUUUCACAAGCAGAAUCUGCAGCUUGAGGAAUGGUAUAGUCGCUUUAGCUAUUUCGCUCGCUACCUGGCUCACUCAAACAGUGUCAUCAAUCCAAUCAUCUACGCAGGCUUUAAUGACAAUUUUAAAAAAG